AUGUACGAAUGUGAAACCUGCACUCGUACUUUCUAUAGCUGGUCUACCUGUCGUCAGCACAUGAAGGACAAGGGCCACUGGCCAGUGUUUGAAUGUGAGACUUGCAAUGCGGAUUUCAACUCUGAAGAGGAAGCCGAUUGGCACAUGAGCCGCUACGGACACUACGCACCCAAGAUUCCCUGCGAGACUUGUGGACAAAGAUUCCAUACUCAAGACUCGGCGGAUCAGCACAUGGGGCAACUGAGACAUUACCGAAACUACUGCCGUGCUUGUGACCAGCGAUUCCAGACUGAGAAUGGUCUGAAGAUGCACCUCAACUCCAAGAUCCAUCGCGGCCAAAACAUCCUCUGCCCCUUCUGCAAGGCCGGGGGAUCCUGCCCUCGUGCUCCGUCGCUGAACCGCGAAACCAUCUACAAGUUUGUCCGCAGCCGUGACACGCAGGGCGUCCUUACAAAGAAAAUGCUCGAAUGGCAUGACGACGAUAACGCCAAAUAUUCAGCUACAGACCAUGCUUUCAAUGGCUACUACUGGGAGUGCUAUAUCUGUCACCGGGGGUUCAACACUAUGACCGCGCUUAAUCAACAUCUCAACUCGACCGUACAUAAGCAGAAACUGUACCAUUGCCCGAACGUGAAAGGACGGUGCAGGAAGGAAUUUGUCACUUUAGCUGCUCUUUUCAAUCACCUGGAGAGUGAAUCUUGUGGUUUCAUGAGGUUCGAAAAGGUGCAGUUGCAGGCCCAGAAUGUGUUCGCUGGCAACAGAUUGAUUGGGUUCUAA